UUAGUGGAAGUCAGUGAUACACGCACUUUGUAAAAAUGUAUAAACGGCCGUGUAAAGGACAAAAGACGCCGAUUUUUUAAGAAUAUCAAUUAUUGGUUUUGUUUUACGCUGUGUGAAAACAAUGGACAAGAUAACCAUGAAAACAUACCCAAGAAGAAGGUUUUCCCAAAAAGCACCAAUAUUGAUAAGACGAAAAAGAUUGGCUUCUAACGGAGAGAUUCUCGAAACACAAGAUUUUCCUGAUACUGUUGCUAUAGGAAAUGAUAUAUUUCAAUGUGUGUUAUCAGGCGAUGAAGAAACAGUUAAGAAUUACUUAAAAUUAGGAAAGAACCCAAAUCUUCGAAAUAAAAACGGAAAUUCCCUUAUACACUUGGCAGUUGAAGCAGGAGAUCCUGACAUCGUGGAAAUGUUUUUAUGUGAUGAUCGGUGCCAGGUUGACGGUAUUAACGACUUGGGUCAAACACCUCUGAUGUGUGCAAUUACAUUGAAUGAUUUGGAACUCGUCAAACUUUUAAUGAAAGCAGGUGCUGAUGUAGAAAUAAGGGAUAAAACUGGGAAAACAUCCUUGCUGAUCGCCUUACAAGACUGCAACUACGAAAUAGCCGAUUACUUAAUCAAGCAUGGAUCUGAUGUUAACGCCACGGAUGCACUGGGGCAUAGCGCUUUGUUUAUCGCUAUCAACACUCUAGAUAGCGGAUGUGUCAAAAUAGCUUCAAAACUUCUGAAAGCAGAUUACUCUCUAGAAAAGGACAAGGAGUGGUUGAUGAGAGAAGGUCUUGAUAUUGAAAUAAAAAAGUCUCAUGGUCGAAUGAGCCGCGUUCUUCGGAAAGUGUCAUGUGGAAUGAACCAUAACGAAAACCAAGAUUCCCUUAUGUCUUACUUCAGUGUUCGGAAAGCUCCUGAUGGACAUUCUAGUCUCCAUGUGAUGACAAUUAACAGAUAACUUAAUUCACUUCAACAUGUGUUGAUUUGUUAAUGUGUUUUCGCAGUUAUAAUUUAAUAUAUAUGAUUGUUUUUAAAACCCGCGCUAUCUUGAAGAUGUACGCACAAAUUCAGAAUAAAUUGUACGAGGACAAUUUUGUCAUGGAAUUUAAGCAAAUAAAAAUAGUGCAUGUAAUCAGAAGGUGGUAAUACCAAAAACACAAUAAAUUUAUGUUGUAA